UCCCGUCCGAGGGCACCCUCUCCCUCUGCGCUGUCCAGGGGGACCCCAGCAUGGCAGCCCACAGGGUGGCAGGAUCCGAGUCGGAAGAGCUGGAGCAACGGAUCCAUCACAUCAACAAUGAGUCUUUGGAAAGUACCAGGCGAAUGUUGCAGCUGGUGGAUGAGAGCAAAGAUGCCGGGAUUCGAACUCUGGUUAUGCUGGACGACCAAGGGGAGCAGCUGGACCGCAUCGAGGACGGCUUAGAGCAGAUUAUCCAAGACAUGAAGGAAGCCGAGAAGAACCUCAGCGACAUGGCCAAGUGUUGCGGCCUUUUCGUCUGCCCCUGCGCCAAGUUAAAGAACAUGAAAGCCAUGGAGGCUACGAAGGCGGCCUCUGGCAACUCCCAGAACGUGGUGUCGCAACAGCCCAUGAUGAUGACUGCAGGGACGCAGAUGAUGAUGAGCGGGCCCUUCAUCCAGAGGAUAAUGAAGGACGACGUGGAGGAAGAGCUGGAGCAGAAUCUCACCCAGGUGGACAGCAUGUUGAGUAACCUGCGCAGCAUGGCGGUGGACAUGAGCAACGAAAUUGACGUCCAGAGCAAGCAGGUGGAGAACAUCAAAGAAAAGGCCAUUGCCAAUGUGAUCAGCAUCAACGAAGCCAACAACCAGACCACCAAGAUGCUGAAGAAAGCCUGAGGCCACUUCAGCCCCUCGCUCCCACCCACCCCCCGCAGCCCCCUCCUUCCUUCACCAAAUGCAACCAGUUACCAACUUCCAUCCUCAGCUGCGGAGUGGAUGCCUUCCAAUCCAAGCGAUUUAAAACCACGUUUCCUGCGUGAAUCUCAUCCGUUUUCUGAACCAACGUGCAUGCUUCCCGGUUGCUAAAGUGAUACCCAUGCGAAUGGCAAGGGAAGGGGGCCCCCUAACCACGGGUGUGUGUGUUUUUCCCUUGGCACAAGAACCCACCGGGCUGUCUCGCUGCCACCCAGCCCACUUCCUCUUUAAUGGCUCAGGUGGCCGAUGAGCAGCUGGAAGAACCGCUCUGUUGAAGAGGGAAGGAACUUCUCUGAGAAACUGACUAGGCCACUUUCCAGAUUCCCCACAGGGGAAAAAGCUAGGGACGGCUAUUUUUCAGCCCAAUGGCAAAAUUAAACACCACCACCACCACCCCCAAUUUGACUUAGUGGGGCCAGGAAUGUUUCUGUAGCUGAAGGCUACGGAGCUUGGGGAAGCCAAGUUUGGGUCAGACACUUGAGGUCAUCGAAACAGAGAUGGGGGUGAAUGCCGAAAGAGAGAGGGGUGACCUCCUCUGCACUAUCAACCCAAUGAUGUUGCUGGAACCGGGUCCAUUAAAAAUAACCCAACAGUCCAGCGUUUUAAUGUAUAUUUAGCCUCCACCCAACUUUCCUCCGGGCUCUGUCCGAGGGCAAAGGAGGAGAGAACCACGUUGCCCGCAUGGCCAGGCACCAGACCGGGCAAGGCUGGCACGGCCCCAUGGGGACGUUGGCCGGACACCGAGAAGGACCCCGGCCAGCAAGUGCAAGAAGGCAGCCCCCCUCCCCGUGCCCAGCCCUGUGCACCACCCCUGGAAAUGUGGCUUGGCUUACAUAUGUCACUGUGGAAUUCAACACUGUGCCUGUUUUCCGUAUUUUUUUAAAACCUUGUUUCUGACUUACGGCGUGUGUGAUGGAUUUUAAAGUCCAGGCAAAUCAUUGGUCUUUGUGGCGUCUGUUUAUUCAUGUACCCCGGGGCAUCGCAUACACUUUGGGGGGAAAAAACCCCCCACAUCUUUCCUUGCUCCUUCGAUCUUGCAAGCACCCCCCAAAAACAGCUCUUCUCCGCUUCCGGAG